UUUGUCUCGAGAUGAAGCGAAGGUUCCUCCACAAAGAGUCUUUGCUUCUGUUGUUCAUCGUUUGCAUACUUGUUUACAUUUCUGGAAAUUUCUUCGUCGUAAAUGGUGGAUCAGAGGGACUGAAUUUAUUUUUGAACUUGCGCGAAUAUUCGUACAAUGUGCAUAUACCCUUGAAGUUACCAUUGUUUAAGAGAUCUCCUAAAAGGCUUGUUCGAGAUGUUGACUGUGUCGCAAUCUUAAACGGUGACAAGUUAGAAAUAAAAAAGGCGAACAAACUGAUGAAAACUGGAAAUAAAUCGCAAAAACUCAUUACAGACAGAGAAUAUAUUCAGCUUACAGCAGAUUGUGACAGUUUUAAAAGAACGAGAAGCUAUGAUAAUUAUUUUUCAUCGAGGGAAGAAGUUGAACUUCCAAUCGCGUACAGCAUUUUGCUUUAUAAAGACGUUGAACAGGCUGAGAGAUUACUACGCGCGAUUUAUACACCACAGAACUACUUUUGUUUGCACGUUGAUGCAGAUUCUAAACAAGAAGUACACGAUGCUAUUCAGGGAAUUGCAAAUUGUUUUAAUAAUGUUUUUGUUGUUUCUAGAAAGGAAUACGUGGUCUACGCGGGUUUUACGCGGUUACAAGCAGACAUAAACUGUAUGGAGAAUUUGUUACAACAUGGAAAAGAUUGGGAAUACUUUAUAAAUUUGCCGAGUCAAGAAUAUCCAUUAAAAACGAACAAAGAAAUUGUAAAAAUUCUGAGAAUUUAUAACGGAGCAAAUGAUAUCGAAGGCUUGACCAGUAAUCGGAUGUUGGAAUAUAGAUAUAAACAUCGGUUUAUUUAUAGACAUGUUAAUAAUAAGAUCAAACCAAGAGCAUUUAUAUCUAAGCAAGCAAAAGACAAACCGCCAUAUAAUAUUACUGUUGUAAAAGGAAGUGCUUAUGGUAUUUUCAGUCGGAAAUUUGUUCAUUUUAUAGUAAAUAAUAAAAUUGCACGAGAAUUAUUAGACUGGUUCAGGGAUGUUCUCAGUCCCGAUGAGUAUUAUUGGGCGACCUUGAACUUCAACCAUCAUAUUGGAACACCAGGGUCGUAUUACAAAGGAAAGCCUGAUGAUAAACCAUGGCUGGCAACAUUUGUAAAAUGGGGCAGGGAAGGCUCGUGCCACGGAAAAUUCGUGCGUGAUGUAUGUGUGUUUGGGGUUGGUGACUUGCAGGCUCUCACAAAGAAACAUCAUCUUUUUGCAAAUAAAUUUCAUAUAAAUUACCAAAGGUAUGCUUUAGACUGUAUGGAAGAAUGGCACUAUAACAGAACUGCAGAAGGAGAUUUAAAAUCUUUAAACAUUUCAUAUUAUGAAUCACUUCCGUUUAUAAAGAGAGAUAAAGGGAGAUAACACAGACUGAAAAAAGAAUGAUAGAGGAAUGUACAUGAAAUUAAAAUGCUUAUAUACGUGAACUGGUGUCUGACUCACUUAAAGCACCUUUGCAUGUACAUAUUUUGAAAGCAGCAGUUCAAACUAUUGUGGUUUGAAUCUUCAUAUUACGUUGGUAUCGCCGCAGCUAUAGGGCUGUGUCAUGCAAAAGGUCUGAGAGUUUAUUUACAUUUAUAUGUGAACUCAAACACAUAACCCGGUAUACUCGACGCCUAAAAGGAAACUGUGCACAGUUCAGAGGUUGUUAGUUGGAAAAGAGGCCAACAUGAAUAAUCGGACAUUUAUUUUUUAAUGACAAUAUUUAAAAUAUAUGCAUUCUUGUUGUAAUGUUGUGAUUAAAUUACAGAAAUAUUGAUUAUUCCACGUGUUAAUUCAGUACUGUUUGCAAUAGACAACAAUUACGGUACACGAGAGCUGUUUAGUUUCUUUACUUCUGAAUAUUAUCAAAUAUUUCGAUGUCGGUGAAUAAAUACUGAUGCAAUUGUCUUCCAUAGAUACAAAUGUAUAGUACUAGAGAGCAUCCAAUGAUGCAAUUAAUAGUCCUACCUUGCAUUCAUCUAUACACUUGUAAGGCACAUAUUAAAAGGA